AUGUAUAACAAUGUGUUCGUUUGCGAAGAUUCCUCCAACGGUGGUUCCGGGGCUUCCUCGCUGAUACAGUCUUCAUCUCAGCACAAGAGCAAGGCUGAGCAGAAGUCUGAAGAGCAAUCCUCGUCGUCAUUGGUAAAAAAAGGCAAUGGAGAGUCCAUCGUCAGCAACAAGAGUUCCAAGUCAGCGAAAAAAGCACAACAGGAAUCAUCCGAUGAGCAAUCUUCGUCGUUGCUAAGACGCAACAAUGGAGAGUCCAUCGUCAGCAAAAAGAGCUCCAAGUCAGCGAAAAAAGCACAACAGGAAUCAUCCGAUGAGCAAUCUUCGUCGCUGCUAAGACGCAACAACGGAGAGUCCAUCGUCAGCAAAAAGAGCUCCAAGUCAGCGAAAAAAGCACAACAGGAAUCAUCCGAUGAGCAAUCUUCGUCGUUGCUAAGACGCAAGCAUGGAGAGUCCAUCGUCAGCAAAAAGAGCUCCAAGUCAGCGAAAAAAGCACAACAGGAAUCAUCCGAUGAGCAAUCUUCGUCGUUGCUAAGACACAAGCAUGGAGAUUCCAUCGUCAGCAAAAAGAGCUCCAAAUCAGCGAAAAAAGCACAACAGGAAUCAUCCGAUGAGCAAUCUUCGUCGUUGCUAAGACGCAACAAUGGAGAGUCCAUCGUCAGCAAAAAGAGCUCCAAGUCAGCGAAAAAAGCACAACAGGAAUCAUCCGAUGAGCAAUCUUCGUCAUUGCUAAGACGCAACAAUGGAGAGUCAAUUGUCAGCAAGAAGAGCUCCAAGUCAGCGAAAAAAGCACAACAGGAAUCAUCCGAUGAGCAAUCUUCGUCGUUGCUAAGACGCAAAAAUGGAGAGUCCAUCGUCAGCAAGAAGAGCUCCAAGUCAGCGAAAAAAGCACAACAGGAAUCAUCCGAUGAGCAAUCUUCGUCGUUGCUAAGACGCAACAAUGGAGAGUCCAUUGUCAGCAAAAACAGCUCCAAGUCAGCGAAAAAAGCACAACAGGAAUCAUCCGAUGAGUCCGCCUUCAGCCAGAAGACCAAUAGAGACGGAACCGUGAUCACUGCUCAGUCCAGCUCUGCUCAAAAGAGGAGAGCUGCUUCUGAGAAGAAUUCCGAGCAAUCCAAAUGGUCCAUCAAGAACGAGAACGGCGAGACUGACGUGGAAGAGAGGCAGAAAAACCAGAAAUCGCAAUCUCAGCAAAGUAGUGAGUCUUCAGAGAGCUCCGAAACUGUGAAGAAGGUUGACAACUCCGAUAAGGCUGGCGAUGACAAAUAUGACGAAGAAUGCGACAUUAUAACUACCGAAGAGGAAGGCAUGGUGGUGAUGAGACUUGUCCCGCGGUCCAAGGUGGAGUGGUACCGCAGGACUCACCAAUCUUCCAGCAGCUCUUCAAGCAGUUCUUCAUCCGAAGAAUCAAGCAAAACUUCACACUAUAUAGGUAUAUUUGACACAAAACAGGAAAACCGGGACAUCCAAGCACUCCAGGACGGCCAGGACAACCAGGAGAGCCAGGAGAACCAGGACACCAUAAAGGACACAAAGGAGGAAAACCGGGACAUCCAAGCACUCCAGGACGGCCAGGACAACCAGGAGAGCCAGGAGAGCCAGGUACUCCAGGACAACCAGGGGAGCCAGGCACUCCAGGACGGCCAGGACACAAAGGAGGAAAACCGGGACAUCCAAGCACUCCAGGACGGCCAGGACAACCAGGAGAGCCAGGAGAACCAGGACAACCAGGAGAACCAGGACAACCAGGAGAGCCAGGCACUCCAGGACAACCACCGCAACAACCACAGCGACCGCAGCGACCGCAGCCACCACAGACACAAAGGAGGAAAACCGGGACAUCCAAGCACUCCAGGACGGCCAGGACAACCAGGAGAGCCAGGCACUCCAGGACAACCAGGAGAGCCAGGCACUCCAGGACAACCACCGCAACAACCACAGACACCGCAACAACCACAGCGACCGCAGCGACCGCAGCCACCACAGCAACCACAGAACCCAGAACAGCCACAUACACUAGACAUAAAGGAGGAAAACCGGGAUAUCCAAGCACUCCAGGACGGCCAGGACAACCAGGAGAGCCAGGAGAACCAGGACAACCAGGAGAACCAGGCACUCCAGGACGGCCAGGAAAACCGGGAUAUCCAAGCACUCCAGGACGGCCAGGACAACCAGGAGAGCCAGGAGAACCAGGACAACCAGGAGAGCCAGGACACAAAGGAGGAAAACCGGGACAUCCAAGCACUCCAGGACGGCCAGGACAACCAGGAGAGCCAGGAGAACCAGGACAACCAGGACAACCAGGACAACCAGGAGAGCCAGGCACUCCAGGACAACCAGGAGAGCCAGGCACUCCAGGACGGCCAGGACACAAAGAAGGAAAACCGGGAUAUCCAAGCACUCCAGGACGGCCAGGACAACCAGGAGAGCCAGGAGAACCAGGAGAACCAGGACAACCAGGAGAGCCAGGCACUCCAGGACGGCCAGGGGAGCCAGGAGGCCCUAAUAGCUAUCCAGGACGACCUAAACACCAUAAAGGACACAAAGGAGGAAAACCGGGAUAUCCAAGCACUCCAGGACGGCCAGGACAACCAGGAGAGCCAGGAGAACCAGGACAACCAGGAGAGCCAGGCACUCCAGGACAACCAGGAGAGCCAGGACACAAAGGAGGAAAACCGGGACAUUCAAGCACUCCAGGACAGCCAGGACAACCAGGAGAGCCAGGCACUCCUGGACGGCCAGGACAGCCAGGAGGCCCUAAUAGCUAUCCAGGGCAACCAGAACACCAUAAAGGACACAAAGGAGGAAAACCGGGACAUUCAAGCACUCCAGGACCGCCAGGACAACCAGGAGAGCCAGGAGAACCAGGACAACCAGGAGAGCCAGGCCAACCAGGACAACCAGGAGAGCCAGGACAAACAGGACAACCAGGAGAGCCAGGACAACCAGGAGAGCCAGGCACUCCUGGACGGCCAGGACAGCCAGGGGGCCCUAAUAGCUAUCCAGGACAACCAGACCACCAUAAAGGACACAAAGGAGGAAAACCGGGACAUCCAAGCACUCCAGGACGGCCAGGACAACCAGGAGAACCAGGAGAACCAGGACAACCAGGAGAGCCAGGACAACCAGGACAACCAGGAGAGCCAGGCACUCCUGGACAGCCAGGACAGCCAGGAGGCCCUAAUAGCUAUCCAGGGCAACCAGAACACCAUAAAGGACACAAAGGAGGAAAACCGGGACAUCCAAGCACUCCAGGACGGCCAGGACAACCAGGAGAGCCAGGCACUCCUGGACGGCCAGGACAGCCAGGAGGCCCUAAUAGCUAUCCAGGGCAACCAGAACACCAUAAAGGACACAAAGGAGGAAAACCGGGACAUUCAAGCACUCCAGGACGGCCAGGACAACCAGGAGAGCCAGGAGAACCAGGACAACGAGGAGAGCCAGGACAACCAGGACAACCAGGACAACCAGGAGAGCCAGGACAACCAGGAGAGCCAGGCACUCCUGGACGGGCAGGACAGCCAGGAGGCCCUAAUAGCUAUCCAGGGCAACCAGAACACCAUAAAGGACACAAAGGAGGAAAACCGGGACAUCCAAGCACUCCAGGACGGCCAGGACAACCAGGAGAGCCAGGAGAACCAGGACAGCCAGGAGAGCCAGGACAACCAGGACAACCAGGAGAGUCAGGCACUCCUGGACAGCCCGGACAGCCAGGAGGCCCUAAUAGCUAUCCAGGGCAACCAGAACACCAUAAAGGACACAAAGGAGGAAAACCGGAACAUCCAAGCACUCCAGGACGGCCAGGACAACCAGGAGAGCCAGGAGAACCAGGAGAGCCAGGACAACCAGGAGAGCCAGGCACUCCUGGACGGCCAGGACAGCCAGGAGGCCCUAAUAGCUAUCCAGGGCAACCAGAACACCAUAAAGGACACAAAGGAGGUAAACCGGGACAUCCAAGCACUCCAGGACGGCCAGGACAACCAGGAGAGCCAGGAGAACCAGGACAACCAGGAGAGCCAGGACAACCAGGACAACCAGGAGAGCCAGGACAACCAGGAGAGCCAGGACAACCAGGAGAGCCAGGCACUCCUGGACGGCCAGGACAGCCAGGAGGCCCUAAUAGCUAUCCAGGGCAACCAGAACACCAUAAAGGACACAAAGAAGGAAAACCGGGACAUCCAAGCACUCCAGGACGGCCAGGACAACCAGGAGAGCCAGGAGAACCAGGAGAGCCAGGACAACCAGGACAACCAGGAGAGCCAGGACAACCAGGACAACCAGGAGAGCCAGGCACUCCUGGACGGCCAGGACAGCCAGGAGGCCCUAAUAGCUAUCCAGGGCAACCAGAACACCAUAAAGGACACAAAGGAGGAAAACCGGGACAUCCAAGCACUCCAGGACGGCCAGGACAACCAGGAGAGCCAGGAGAACCAGGACAACCAGGAGAGCCAGGACAACCAGGACAACCAGGAGAGCCAGGACAACCAGGAGAGCCAGGCACUCCUGGACGGCCAGGACAGCCAGGAGGCCCUAAUAGCUAUCCAGGGCAACCAGAACACCAUAAAGAACACAAAGGAGGAAAACCGGGACAUCCAAGCACUCCAGGACGGCCAGAACAACCAGGAGAGCCAGGAGAACCAGGACAACCAGGAGAGCCAGGCACUCCUGGACAGCCAGGACAGCCAGGAGGCCCUAAUAGCUAUCCAGGGCAACCAGAACACCAUAAAGGACACAAAGGAGGAAAACCGGGACAUCCAAGCACUCCAGGACGGCCAGGACAACCAGGAGAGCCAGGAGAACCAGGAGAGCCAGGACAACCAGGAGAGCCAGUACAACCAGGACAACCAGGAGAGCCAGGCACUCCUGGACGGCCAGGACAGCCAGGAGGCCCUAAUAGCUAUCCAGGGCAACCAGAACACCAUAAAGGACACAAAGGAGGAAAACCGGGAUAUCCAAGCACUCCAGGACGGCCAGGACAACCAGGAGAGCCAGGAGAACCAGGACAACCAGGAGAACCAGGACAACCAGGAGAGCCAGGCACUCCAGGACAACCACAGAUACCGCAACUACCGCAGCAACCGCAGCAACCGCAGCAACCGCAGCAACCACAGCAACCACAACAGCCACAGAACCCACAACAGCCACAAGGACCAGUCCAGCCAGGACGCCCUCCAGGACUACCAGGAAAACCAGAUAGACCUGGCCACCCGGGCAGACCAGGAAAACCAGAUAGACCUGGCCACCCGGGCAGACCAGGAAAGCCGGGCCAUGGAAAGCCGGGCCAUGGAAAGCCGGGCCAUGGAAAGCCGGGCCAUGGAAAGCCGGGCCAUGGAAAGUUAUACACCGCACGCGCUGUACCCCUAG